GAAGCCCAUGUCUUGUGAUCCCACAAGCCAGCCGCAACCGAACGAGUCGAUCGAGCCUUUCAAAGCUGCAAACACCGUUUCUGCAUCGCAAUUGUAGUGCUGCGUUUGUCUCUAGGCAUUGAUUCAGGGUUUGCUGCGAACUGUGGAGUAGUUUUAUCGAGUCUCUCACUUACCCAAUUCAAAAUGGUGGUCCCAGUGGUGGGACGGCCCCUCUCCCAGGUGGUCUUCAGCGAGGCCAAGCGCAACUGGCCUUUCGUCUUCGGCUUCGGUGUCACUUUCACCCUUGUGGCCAAGCUUUCCGCCAGCCUUGACCGAAAGUAUACAGGCGUUCACAUUAUCCAGGAAAGUGCAGUGGAUCAUUGUAUGGAUUUUAUCGGAAUUGCUGGGGAUGGUCUAGCUGAGGAAGACGAUGUUCGGCCCAGGGGUGACCUGUUAGGUCUUACAGGAAGAUUUCAGGAUUUUUCUGGUUUUAUGAUAUCGUAAUCACGGAGAUAGUUAAACCCAAUCUAAGGAGGCUCAUAAAUCGAAAUUCGUUAAUCCCUAUGGGCACCACUGAUCAAAGCCACGAUGUCGCGUAAUAGAAGGUCUGGUUAUCCGUCACUUGACGUGACAUUAGCUGGAAUGAUUUGUCCAAGUACAGUUUGCGAUCGGUAUGAUUGUAACGAGGCCAUUAGUUUGAUGUGUACAUGCACACUCUUCUAAAAUCCUCUGAACAAAUUGAGUUCUCAAAGUUGGUACUGUGUGCUGAAUCUUGUUAUGCUCUUGCUUCUUUCCAAUGCUGAGGCUACGAUAUCUGUGGUUCAUCAACAUAUGCAUUUGAGCUUCUGGACUUGCAGAGCGCAGAUUAAAAUCACGAAGAGUGCCCCAUUAAAUAUUAAUGCGGACUGUGUACACUAUUGCGAUGCUGUGGGAGGAUGGUUUGCUCUUGGGUUGUGUUUAUCUUGAAGAAAACUCGAUGUAAGCCAGAGACUUUAACUGAGUAAUCUACUAAUCAUCUUAAGACUUUAGGUUGUUCGUUAACAAUUAGUGCACCUGCACCUCUUGCUAAGUCUUAUCGAAUUGAAGAUAUCUGAUUCUCUCAGAAAUCCUCAGAAUUUUUCAGAAUUCUGGCUAAUUACAUUACUGACAUGAUGUGGUAGGGGUACACAUUGAAACACUGUAAGUAGAAUGAACACAUAUGAAUAGUUGGGUCUUGAUCGCAUGUCCAUCUUGGCGGCAAGUUCCAAAUUCAUUAUCCCCGCGAAGAACACGCGUGAUACACAAAGCCCUGGCUCACAACUGAUCCAGUUUCAGCAAGAUAACAGCCUCGCGGUGAUCUUUCUAGUAUUCCUUCCCUCAACUACCCCAGCUCGUCACUAUGGCUGCUACUACCUUCUCAAUUGGAGCCUCCUGGGAAUCCCACUCUUGUCCUCUCUGCUAAGUUCUAGACUUCUGCAAAAGCAUCGAUAAGAAAUAACAACUCUUUCUCUGGGAACCGAAGAGAAGCACCAUUCCAAACCAAUCAUGUAGCAACGGAUGUAUUUGUGUUGACGAUAUCUGCAUUUCCAUACCUCUUUUAAUCCUAUUUUAAGAUCAAUGCGCAUUUGCUUCCAAGAGAUGUUCCCGACGGGAAGAUGUUUUGCAGUCGCUGGAUUCCAGCAUGUGCCAUGCCUUUGGAUGUUUACGACGGUAGAUCGAUCGACGGCGAGAGCAGGGAUGCUGUGUGAGGAAGAGGAAAAAAAGAAACAUACAAAAAUGUUCCGAGAGUCUUCACUAGGUCAUGAGCUCAAUCGAGAGCUUAUCGUCUUACAGUGGACUAAAUUGAUCACAUUGCAAGCCACGAAAUGGGUCUUUCGGGUGUGAAUAUUGACGCUUGUUGUGGAUUGAAAGCCGAUUCUGCGAACACCUUGAAGUGGGUAUCAAAGUCUGUUGGGAAGGCCGCUGAGAGAAAGGGAUUCAGGAACACAAUUAUCUGCUUGAAUGCGAAUUCCCGCCGUGGUCAAGUUUUGAGGGGCGGCGCUAUGGUUACUCGUAAGCAGCUGGAUAGUGCUGUUGUCGGAAAUUUAAGUGGCAGUGGUAGAGAUGAGAGAUUGAGGGUGCAUGCAGCCGCGAAAGGGCGUGAUGGGUGGUCGCAGAUAUCGCUGGAUGAUGUGUGUCGUCGUUUGCAUUUGUGCUUCUUUGAGAUUUGCGUGCAAAAUUUGGGAAGGUCAGCAGGACAAGCAUUACAUGAAUUUGUCUGUGCUGCGGUUGAUGCAUUUAUGGCUGGGUAUACAUUCGACAGGCUCAACCUCCAGAUUGUGCAUGGUUCAGGGGGCAUGGAAGAAUUUAAGAUGGAAAACGCGGGCUAUCGUUUGACCGCAUCUGAGGAAUACUAUCGAACACAGUGGCUCACCACGAUCUAUGUGACAUUGCAGAUGCUUAAGGUGGCUGAUAACGAAGCGUCAGCUUCAUUUGUUACUGAGAACCUUCAGCUCGUACAGAUUAUUCACCGAACUUUAGAAGGUCAACGGCAUGGUGAAGAGCAGAGCCUCGUGAAGUUUGACAGAGGCUUAGCUACCAAAGGAGCAUCUGGGGGUGCCGUAUCCGAGAAGCUCGUGAUUUCACCCCAAUGGGUACCAGUCACUCAGAUUGUACUCUUGACCUGGAAGGUUGUAAACGAAAAGCAGUAAUUCUAAGACUUGAGCAUCCACAAGAAGAGAUUUCCUUAUCUAACAAAGCCCAAAGACAAAUUUUUUUUUAGCAAAAAGGAUCCUAUAGCCGAAAAUAUACUCCCACAGUUUGGUCAAUCAUUUUCAGACCACAAUUUAAUGAAGACGUGAACGAUCUUAUCAUGUGUCAAAGCUUUUCAAUGCGCAAAGUUAUUGGAACUGUACUCUAUCUCCCAGCAGUGUGCCUUGGCUGUCCCUUUUUGUAGUUUGCAGUGAAUGUUGAUGAAUUUCAUGACAUGCCGUCAAGACUUCGUCAUAAUAUGUCAGCGUUUGCGGGGCAACAGUAAUUCCUGCCCACUGCCUCUUUCGGUUAUGAACAAAGAAUCGACAUACUCUUUUAUCAUCGUUAUCAUCUAGUGGAUUUAUCAAUAGUGCUGUAACAUCAGCUUCUGCGUCACUCUUUUUAGCUCGCGUACCCAGCUGCAACAGGUCGCUGUUGGUCGCUGUUGGCAGGGAGUAUGAUGUAGUUGUGAAACGAAGUGUGAUAGUUUUGUAUAGUUUAGUGAGAAUUUGCACAUGAAUAAAGCAUCAAUUUAGUUGUA